AUGUGUGAAAUUGUUUAUGCUUUACGAAGAAAUCCAAAUGGAACUUUACAAACUAUUUGGACAAGAGAUGCUCCUACUCCAAUCGAUCAAAAUGUUUAUGGUGCUCAUCCAUUUUACUUAGAGAUGAGAGAUGGUAAAGCUCACGGAGUGGUCAUAGGUAGAAGUGAGCUUCCACCAUAUUGGAGUUUAGGAUAUCAUCAAUCUAGAUGGGGAUACAACAAUUUGUCGGUUUUAUCAGAUGUUGUUUCAAGAUUUCGUAAAGAAAAUAUCCCACUAGAAACAAUUUGGACCGAUCUUGACUAUAUGGAAGGUCGUUUGACAGUAUUUCCUGACUGGUUCAACAAUGAAACAGAAAUUUACUGGGGAGAUAUGAUUGAGAAAUGGUUGGAUGGUAUUAAUUUGGAUGGGCAAGUUAAAAAUUGA